CACACUCCGACAUGAUGAUUCAGAGAUUGCGAAUUUCAGAAAGAAUAUAUUUCCUUUUUGCCCUUGUUCGGGCUAAUUUUCGUGUGUCUUAGAGAAAGCAAGCAAUGGCGUCUUUUGUUGAUGUCUGUAGGUAUAAUAAGCCUGUGCCCGUUUCAUCAUCGACUUGUCUCCCCUAUGUAUGCCCGUGCCGUAUAUCCACCAGGAAAACCCUAAUUCUCCCCCCUUUCUCCCAAUAUUCGAGCCUACGUUUUGCCGGUGAUACCACACCAUUAUUUCGUUCCCGCCUUGGCCGGAUUCCUCUGAAACGGCGAUUCCUCACGGCCGUUGCUCGAGCUGAAACAGACCAGCUUGGUGAUGACAACUCAAAGGGAGUUGAUGGAAGAAUCCAUGACUUGCAAAAUGUGGAAGAUAAGCAGAAGAAAGCAAGCCAGCUUAAGAAAAGAGUGAUCUUUGGUAUUGGCAUUGGCUUACCUGUUGGAGGUGUUGUGUUAGCUGGAGGAUGGGUUUUCACAGUAGCCUUAGCAGCUUCUGUUUUUAUCGGUUCUCGUGAAUAUUUCGAGCUCGUUAGAAGUAGAGGCAUAGCUAAAGGAAUGACACCUCCUCCACGAUAUGUAUCUCGAGUUUGCUCGGUUAUAUGCUCCCUUAUGCCCAUCCUUACAUUGUACUUUGGUAACAUUGAUAUAUCGGUGACGUGCGCAGCAUUUGUGGUCGCAAUGGCAUUGUUAGUACAGAGAGGAAACCCACGUUUUUCUCAGCUGAGUAGUACAAUGUUUGGGUUGUUUUACUGUGGUUAUCUCCCUUGUUUCUGGGUUAAGCUUCGUUGUGGUUUAUCUGCUCCUGCGCUCAACACUGGAAUUGGAAGAACAUGGCCAGUUCUUCUUGGUGGUCAAGCUCACUGGACUGUUGGACUUGUGGCAACAUUGAUUUCAUUCAGCGGUGUGAUUGCGACAGACACAUUUGCUUUUCUCGGCGGCAAGGCUUUUGGUAGGACACCUCUUACUAGUAUUAGUCCCAAAAAGACGUGGGAAGGGACUUUUGCAGGACUUGUUGGUUGUAUAGUCAUUACCAUUCUACUCUCUAAAUCUCUGUGCUGGCCUCAAUCUCUGUUCAGCUCCAUAGCUUUUGGGUUUCUUAACUUCUUUGGAUCGGUAUUUGGUGAUCUUACUGAAUCAAUGAUCAAACGUGAUGCCGGCGUCAAAGACUCUGGUUCACUUAUCCCUGGACAUGGUGGAAUAUUGGAUAGAGUCGAUAGUUACAUUUUCACGGGCGCAUUAGCUUACUCAUUCAUCAAAACAUCCCUAAGACUUUACGGAGUUUGAUGAUGUACCGAAAACACCAUAGCUUCAAGAAACUUACAAGCGGUUCCAUGGUAAGCGUUUUGCGGUAAAAAAAGAAAACUCGCAAUAUAGCUGUGAAAAGACUGGUGCUGUGCUCAGUUUUGUUGCAUUUGAGAGAUGCAGAAGACUUGUAGAAGGUGAAAACAGAGCCUGGAUCAUUGAAACCAGUAGGUUGCUUCUUGGUUCGAUGUAACAACUGGUUUGCGUUUGGUUUAUGUUUUAUUUAUGUUUGUUGGUAGACACGAGGUCAGUCUUUAGAGAAAAUUUGGUAUUCACGGGAAUCUUAUAUAUUCGUCUUUUUUACUUUUAGUUAAAUUAUUAUAACCAUUAUAAGAACUCUUUAUU